AUGGAUUCAGGACACUCUAGGGUCCCAUCGCCAUCGCAGCUACCGCCUUCGUUCUCUAAAUAUCACCAUCCCUACUUCACGUCAGCCGAGGUUCAAUACCUAUCCGAGAAACAACGUGGAAAGCUCUCUGCCACACAAGAGGAGAAAGCAAGGCAGCAAGCAUGUGGAUUUAUAGAAGCCGUGGGCUCAAAGAUUGGCUUUCCUAGGAAAACUUUAGCCACUGCCCAGAAUCUUUAUCACCGGUUUCACUUGUUCUUUCCUCGAAAGGACUUCAACUAUCACGAUGUCACUCUGGCGGCUCUAUAUGUCUCCACCAAAAUGCACGACACGCUGAAAAAGCCUCGGGAGAUCCUCAUGGUCUCAUACGCUGUUCGAUUCCCAGAGCUUGCAGCCAAGUCCAAGUCUGUCGGCGGAGAAGUUGAUAUGGAUCCUCCGACGGCUGAGAACGACCGCCAGAGACUCUUGGCUGUGGAGCGGCUGAUUUUAGAGACAAUAUGUUUCAAUUUUACCAGCAAAAUGCCGUUCUCGUAUGUGAUCAAAAUUGGGAGGAAGCUGAAAGCAUCAAAGAAGUUGAUUAAAUGUGCAUGGCGGCUCACGAUAGACAGCCACAGGACAUUGGUACCAAUCAUGUAUCCACCGAACACUGUCGCAUUAGGAUGUCUCUAUACUGCAUCCUUACUGACGACCCUUGAACCGCCGCCAUCUCCCCUUGUAGAGGCACAAUUGGACUCGCGGCUGGCAACCAUUCUAAAGGAAAAGGGCGAUUGGGAGCGGAUGUACAUGGCAGAAGCCGAGGACUUGGAAGAAAUUGCACAUGUACUCAUCGACUUACUUAUACAAGCCGCACAAAAUCCGUCGGCCAAUACGUCUCCACGUACUCCGGCAUCACCUUCCCCGCACCCGUCUCCACGGAAUCAACAUUUGUCAUCCAUUGGCCCGCAACCUCCGCCAAUUCCAUACAAAGCGGAUCAACUCAUUCGUCUCAAGAUUAUGAUGCGGCAAAAUGAACACCCGCUGCGACCACAGCAACCUCUUGGGAGUACUGAUCCAAGUGAGCUAUACAAUGGGAAUGAUAUCGCCAUGCUGGGGAGAAAUCAAGGGACUGUUAGAUUUUUGUUUGGACCUCCAGGAGUUGUUGGUCAAGGAGUAUAG